GAGUCGCCUUUUGUGAUGCUGAAAACAAAACAUUACCACAUCUCAGGAAACGAAAGAUUUGAAGGUUUUCUAAUUGAUGUAAUUAACCACAUACUGAGACCUUUAAACGUCGAUUUUGAAAUUAGACUAGCAAGUCAGAACAAGUAUGGAAAGCUCAGAAAUAGUUUUUUCUGGGAUGGAGCAAUUGGAGAAGUUCACAGAGGGACUGCUGAUAUAGCUAUAGGACCACUGGUAGUUUUGGAAGAAGCUAAUGAAACAAUUGAUUACACCGAGCCAUAUUUGAGUUUGAAGUAUUCAGCAUUAAUUGCUAAACCAACAAUCAAAGAUCUGUCAAAACUUGUUGAAUCGGGCAUGACAUGUGGAAUGAUCGAAAACAGUCAUCCUUAUACGCUAUUCAAUCGAUCCACUUAUGAAGAUCAUAAAGUUAUUUUUUCAAAAAUGUCUAACGCUUGGCCAGGGGCUUACGUUCAAACUAGGCAAGAAGGAGUGGAACGAGCAAGAAUGGGAAAUUUUGCGUUUAUAAUUGAUACUCCGAUAGCAGAAUUCGAAGCAGGAAAGAAACCUUGCGAUCUCUACACCACUGAGCCAUUCCUUGACGUAGUAGAUUAUGCAUUUAUCAUUGCCAAAAAUGCGACGUUA